AAGAAAACGUAAGGUUUUGAGCAAGGGGAAAAUAAAAAAGAAAGUAGACAAGGGGUUUUGGUGACGGCUGUUCCGAGUCACUCACUUGUUUGCCUGCAUUUGCUUGUCACAUGAAAAUCCGCCAUAUAGUAUCCAUUUUUCCAAGGAGCCACUCGAAAGGGGCCAAUAUCGAUGUUUUCUCUCUUCUUCGAGCGAUGAAUUCAACCUCCUCUGUCCCUCUUCGUCCUCUCCAGUUGCAUCACCUAUAGUGCUGCAGAAAUCAAAAGUAUCAGUCAUGCAACACCCGGCUCUUGCAGCUCUUUUCAUUCUCGCAAAUGUCGCUUACCAGGGAGUGCAUUCGCUCGAGAUGCAACGAGUUGUUCUCCAGAUCAACACCACCUCUCCAGUGGCUCGAAUCAGUGAGAACUUCAUCUGUGCGACGCUCGACUGGUGGCCACCCGAGAAGUGCGACUAUGGAUACUGCAGCUGGGGGCGAGCCUCGCUUCUCAAUCUGGAUCUCUGGAAUCCAAGGCUGGUUAACGCUGUCAAAGGAUUGUCUCCGUUACUGCUGAGACUGGGAGGAUCACUCCAAGACCAGAUUAUUUACGAGGUUGGUGUCAGGCCGGGGCCAUGCUUACCGCUUCAAAAGCAGCCUUCAGCCAUGUUUGGAUUCACAGGCGGAUGUCUCAACAUGUCCCGAUGGACGGAGCUAAAUUCCUUUUUCGAAAAGACAGGGGCUCUGGUGGCUUUCGGUCUGAAUGCCCUCUACGGAAGGACCAAGUUCGAAGACAACGGUUUCAAAGGAUCAUGGAAGUCCUCCAAUGCCAGGGACUUGAUGAAAUUCUCUCUGGACCAUGGCUUUCCAAUCGUAGCUUGGGAACUCGGAAACGAGCUAAGUGGAAGCGGGGUCGGAACCAGCAUUAGUGCCAAGCAGUACGCGGCCGACAUCAAAGAGCUUCGUUCAGUCGUCGAUCAAGUGUAUGCGAGAUCCACCAUCAAGCCUCAAGUGGUAGCACCGGAUGGUUUCUGGGAUUACGGCUGGUUCCAUGACUUUCUCCAAAGCACAGGGCCCAACGUCGUCAACGCCUGCUCCCAUCACAUCUACAACCUCGGACCUGGAGUUGACACACACCUCAUCGAGAAGAUAGUCAGCCCGAGUUACCUUAGUCAAGAAGCAGGGACCUUUGAGGGAGUGGAGAAGCUGAUGAAAGCGUAUGGAACCGAGGCCUGGGUUGGAGAAGCCGGAGGAGCAUACAACAGUGGUCACCACAACGUUACCGACAGAUAUGUCUUCAGCUUCUGGUACCUCGACGAGCUGGGGAUGUCUGCAUACUACAAUACCGCAGUGUACUGCAGGCAGUCCCUGAUAGGAGGCAACUACGGCCUUGUUGAUCGCACAUCAUACGAUUUGAAUCCCGACUACUUCUCGGCACUGCUUUGGAAGAAGCUAAUGGGCCGGAACGUUUUCUCUGCAACUGCAGAAAACACACCGUACCUACGAACGUACGCACACUGCCUAAAAAGCAACCAGGGAGGAUUGACAGUGUUGAUAAUAAAUCUCAGCAACUCAACGCAGUACUCGGUCGACUUAAGCCUCACUCACAGUGAGAAGGACUGCUCCUGUAAUAAACCAAGAACGAAGAAGUUAGCCGGAGCUGGAGUAAACGCUGAGAGGAUGGAAUACCACUUGACAGCUCCAAACGGAGACUUGCAAAGCCCAGUAAUGCUGCUGAACGGGAAGCCACUCGUAGCAGGAGCCGAUGGCAGCAUACCGGAGUUAACUCCGGUGACAAGAACAAGUUCCUCGCCGGUUCUGGUCGAUCCAUACUCGAUUGUCUUCGCGGUAAUCCCAGAAGCAGGUGUCCAAUCGUGCACACAAUAGUCACCGUCGGGGCCUGCAACAGAGAGAUCACAUCAAUAGAUACCGUCCAAACAUGAAAACAACACAGCCAAAGACAAACGAGAAAAAAAAAAAAGAAAAAACAAGAGUGAAAGAGAAACAAAAACUUCCAUUGAAAAGAGAGAAAAAUGCGAGACAACUAAGAAAAAGUUUUCUGUGAUCCUAAGGAUGAUGGAAAAUGCAAGAGUCUUCAGCAGCAGCAGUAGCAGCUCUCUACCAACGUUGCUUAUAGUA